GAGAGAGGAGCAAACCAGGAUGCCAAGGACCAGUAUAACUGUGUGCCAUUACAUCGGGCUUGUGAGCACGGUUCUACGGCUGCCGUCGAGCUGCUUGUUGCGGAAGGAUCGUCGUUAGAGGCGAAAACAAAGGUACAUGUUGAUCGAGAAUGUGGCGAUAUUGGAAACAUACAGUGA